AUGAAAAAUGAGAAGAAAUGGCACUGCUGCAGGAACAGCAAUGAGUGGAAAUUGCAUGGCUACAGGAACAGCAAUAAGAGGAAAUGGCACAGCUACAGGAACAGCAAUGACAGAAAAUUACAUGGCUACAGGAACAGCAGUGAGAGGAAAUUGCAUGGCUACAAGAAAAGCAAUGAUAGGAAACUGCAUGGCUACAAGAAAAGCAAUGAUAGGAAACUGCAUGGCUACAGGAACAGCAGUAAUAGGAAAUGGCAUGGCUACAGGAACAGCAAUAAGAAGAAACAGCAUGGCUACAGGAACAGCAAUGAGAAGAAACGGCAGAGCUACAGGAACAGCAAUGAGAGGAAACGGCAUGGCUACAGGAACAGAAAUGAGACAAAACAGCACAGCUACAGGAACAGCAAUGAGAGGAAAUUGCAUGGCUACAGGAACAGCAAUGAGAGGAAAUGGCACAGCUACAGGAACAGCAAUGACAGAAAAUUGCGUGGCUACAGGAACAGCAAUGAGAGGAAAUGGCACAGCUACAGGAACAGCAAUGAGAGGAAAUGGCACAGCUACAGGAACAGCAAUGAGAGGAAAUGGCACAGCUACAGGAACAGCAAUGACAGAAAAUUGCAUGGCUACAGGAACAGCAAUGAGAGGAAAUGGCAUGGCUACAUGAACAGCAAUGAGAGAAAAUGGCACAGCUACAGGAACAACAAUGAGAGGAAACAGCAUGGCUACAGGAACAGCAAUGAGAGGAAACGGCAUGGCUACAGGAACAGCAAUGAGAAGAAACGGCAGAGCUACAGGAACAGCAAUGAGAGGAAACGGCAUGGCUACAGGAACAGCAAUGAGACAAAACAGCACAGCUACAGGAACAGCAAUGACAGAAAAUUGUGUGGCUACAGGAACAGCAAUGAGAGGAAAUGGCACAGCUACAGGAACAGCAAUGAGAGGAAAUGGCACAGCUACAGGAACAGCAAUGACAGAAAAUUGCAUGGCUACAGGAACAGCAGUGAGAGGAAAUGGCACAGUUACAGGAACAGCAAUGACAGAAAAUUGCGUGGCUACAGGAACAGCAAUGAGAGGAAAUGGCACAGCUACAGGAACAGCAGUGAGAGGAAAUGGCAUAGCUACAGGAACAGCAAUGACAGAAAAUUGCAUGACUACAGGAACAGCAAUGACAGAAAAUUGCAUGACUACAGGAACAGCAAUGACAGAAAAUUGCGUGGCUACAGGAACAGCAGUGAGAGGAAAUGGCACAGCUGCAGGAACAGCAGUGAGAGGAAAUGGCACAGCUACAGGAACAGCAAUGACAGAAAAUUGCGUGGCUACAGGAACAGCAGUGAGAGGAAAUGGCACAGCUACAGGAACAGCAGUGAGAGGAAAUGGCACAGCUACAGGAACAGCAAAGAGAGGAAACAGCAUGACUACAGAAACACCCAAUGCUUCGAUGCAAGAUGA